UAUUAUCAUUUAGGAGACCUCAUCAUUGGUGGCAUCAUCUCUCAGAUCUACAUCACUUCUGAGCUGAUAACAUUUACAAGAUAUCCUCACCAGGAAGAAGCUGAGGAGCUCGUUUAUUUCAGUGCAAGAUUCACUCACCUCGCUGCAAUAGACCUUCUUUCUACCACAGGCCAAUUAACUCCUAACUACAAGUGUGGCAUCCAGAACAUUCCAACAGCAGUAAUUGGGGGACCCACCUCUGACACUGAUCUCCACAUGGCCGCCAUCCUAAGCAACUACAAAAUACCACAGCUCACAUAUGGCUCUCCAUCGGUGAUGAAUAACAAAAGCCAGGCUGUUUUCUUCCAAUGGAUGUUCCCAAGUAGGAACUAUCAUUAUACGGGGAUUCUCCAGCUGCUUCUGCAUUUCAGGUGGACAUGGAUUGGGGUGAUUUAUCUACAUGUCCAGAGUGCAGAGGAGUUUGUACACAGUGCACUUCCCAUCUUUUCCCGAAAUGGUAUCUGCUUUGACUUUAUAGAAAGAUUCCCCAAAGUAGCUUCUUCCAAUAAUGUCGCAGAAGUGAUGGAGAAAGGAAUGGGCUUAUACAAUAUUGCCAUGAAAAGCACUGUCAAUGUUUUGGUAGUCCAUGGUGAAAUUCAAAGCAUGAUGAUUUUGAGAAUGUUGCUGUAUUUUUCAAAAUUUGAGAACAGACUAGUGAAGAAAAAAGUCUGGAUUAUGACAGCUCAGAUGGAAUUCACAUCAGUCGCCUUUCAAAGAGAUUGGGACUUAGACUCCAUCCAUGGUGCUAUAUCCUUGGCAAUUCACUCAGAGGAGAUGCUGGGAUUUCAGGAAUUUCUUCACAGAAGAAACCCUCGACAGCAAAUGGAAGAUGGCUUCAUCAAGGACUUCUGGAAGGAUACCUUUAAGUGCUGGUUCCAUGACUCUGAUUUAGAUAUGAGGGCUGAGAAAAUCUGUACUGGGGAGGAGACCCUGGAGAAUCUUCCUGGGUCUGUUUUCGAAAUGAGUAUGACAGGCCACAGCUACAGUGUCUACAAUGCUGUCUAUGCUGUGGCACAUGCUGUGGACGCCAUGCAUUCCUCCAAAUUGAGACAAAGAAGAGUUGUGGAUGGAGAGAACUGGAAGCUGAAUCGAUCACCAUGGCAGCUCCAUCAUUUUCUGAGAAGCAUCUCAUUUAACAACAGUGUCGGGGAAGAUAUUUCCUUUGAUCACAAUGGGGAAUUGUUAGCCAGAUUUGAUAUCAUCAACUGGGUUGCGUUCUCAAACAAGUCCUUUCUUAGAGUCAAAAUUGGAAGGAUAAACCCAAAGGCUCCCCCAGAAAAAGUCUUCAACAUUUGUGAGGAUGCCAUUGUGUGGCCCAGUGGGUUUAAUCAGGUACGGCCUCUUUCUCUGUGUAAUGACCUUUGCCGCUCAGGUUAUAGUAGGAUGAAGAAGGAAGGGGAGGCAUUUUGUUGCUAUGAUUGUCUGCAGUGUCCAGACGGGAAGGUUUCUAACCAUGAGGAUAUGGAUGACUGUUUUCCAUGUCCAGAAGAUCAUUAUCCAAACAAAGAUCAAGACUCGUGCAUUACCAAAAUUAUAAGCUUCUUAUCCUAUGAAGAAACACUGGGAAUUGGUCUGGCUAUUUCUGCCUUUUCUUUAUCAUUCAUCACAGUUUUGGUCUUUGGCAUCUUCAUUAAAUACCAGCACACUCCCAUCGUCAAAGCCAACAACUGGCAUCUCACCUGUACUCUUCUCAUCUCCCUCCUGCUAUCUUUCCUUUGUGCUUUACUAUUCAUUGGCCGACCUGAGAAGCUUUUGUGCCUCCUUCGACAAACAGCUUUUAGCAUCAUAUUCUCUCUAGCGGUUUCUUGUGUGUUGGCCAAAACUGCCACUGUGGUUCUAGCAUUCAUGGCCACCAAACCAGGAUCAAGUAUUAGAAACUGGGUGGGGAAACGAGUAACCAACUGCAUUCUUCUUUCCAGUUCCCUUAUUCAAGCCACUGUUUGUACCGUAUGGCUGGCAACUUCUCCUCCGUUCCCAGAUUUUGACAUGCACUCCAUGACUGAAGAAAUUGUACUGGAAUGUAAUGAAGGGUCGGUUGCCAUGUUUUACUGUGCCUUGGGCUUCCUGGGCUUCCUGGUUGUUGUCAGCUUCACUGUGGCUUUCCUAGCCAGGAAACUCCCAGACAGUUUCAACGAAGCCAAGUUCAUCACCUUCAGCAUGUUGGUCUUUUGCAGCGUAUGGCUGUCCUUUGUUCCAACCUACUUGAGCACCAAGGGGAAAUAUAUGGUAGCUGUGGAGGUCUUCUCCAUCUUGUCUUCCAGUGCUGGACUACUGGUUUGCAUCUUUUUCCCUAAAUUAUACAUCAUGAUGCUGAAGCCUGAGUUGAAUAAUAGGGAACAUUUACUAAGGAGAAAAAAAGGAACAACCUAA